AUGGAUCUCACUUCCCUUCAAUCCUGGAUUCAAACCCAUCCCCUCAUUGAUAACCAUGCCCAUAACCUCCUGAAGCGCGACGAGGCCUGCAAUUACGCCAAGUAUCCCUUUGAACAGAUCACGUCAGAAGCUCAGGGAUCCGCCCUGCGCAAUGCCCCCUCUACAUUACCACUACACCGCGCCGCCACACAGCUCGCCGCGCUCUAUCGCUGUGCCUCCUCCGACUGGGAUCAUGUCAAGGCGGCACGCGACGCAUGGGUACAGCGCGACUAUGACGGCCUGAUUCGCGAGUGUCUACAGGGCACGCAUACUUUGCUUCUCGACGAUCUACUCACCGACCAAGAUAUUGAAUCUUACGAAUGGCAUGACCGCUUCACCACAUCGCAGACCAAGCGGAUUGUGCGGAUCGAGACAUUGGCCGCCGAAACAAUUUCCACCCUGAUGCGGGAGGACGCCCGGCCUCAGCAAGGAGACGUCUCGGUGCUGCGGGAGCGGUGGGAGCAGUUCCGUGAGGGCUUUAAGCAACGUAUCGCCGAGGCGAUCGCAGACCCCGCAGUGGUGGGGUUCAAAUCGGUGAUUUGCUACCGAACUGGGCUUAACGUCCAGCCUACCGAGGACGGCGAUGAUACCCUUCUGCUAGAGUCAUUCGCGCGUACGGUUGGCCAAGGACCGGGGUCUGCAUACCGGGUGGAGGACAAGCGGCUGAAUGACUGGGUCGUACGUCAGACGCUCAAUCGCCUGCAGUCCGCUAAGGCCGCCGCCACCACAUCGGCCCCCAACAAACCGUUGCAGCUGCACACCGGACUGGGCGAUAACGACAUCGACCUAGUGCUCGCCAACCCGGCCCACCUGCAGUCAUUAAUCGCUCAGUACCCGGAAGUAGAUUUCGUAUUGCUGCACUCCUCGUAUCCGUACACGCGCGAAGCCGGAUAUCUGGCGUGUGUAUACCCCAAUGUCUACCUGGACCUGGGGGAGGUUUUCCCCAUGGUGAGCCGCGAUGCCCAGGAGUCCAUUCUGCGCGAGAGUCUGGACAUUGUGCCCACCACACGUCUGCUCUGGAGCACCGACGGUCAUUUCUUCCCGGAAACCUUCUACUUGGCCAACAAGCAGUUCCGCGAUGUGAUGGAGAAGGUCUUCGUCGAUUAUGUUCACCACGGCGAUUUUACCGUCGACCAGGCUAAACAGGCGGCCGCGGACAUCCUCUUCCACAACUCCAACCGUGCGUACAGCUUGAAUGAGAAGCUCGCUUACGAGGCACCGGUUUCGGCGAACUCCGUGACCGCCUCGUCGACCGCUACUCUCGAUGCAUUCAUGCGGGGCAAUCCCGAUGUCAAGUAUAUCUGGAUGCAAUUCAUUGACUACACCAAUACCACCCGAGUUCGGAUGUUCCCUGUCGCGGAGUUUGCCAAGAUCGUGCGCAAGCAACGACGGGUUGGCAUUUGUCUCUGCACCCAACUGAUGCUGCAAGAUGAUAGUGUUGCGCCGGAAGGGUCGGUGACAGGCCAAUUCUACAUGGAGCCAGACCUGUCCAGUCUUCGCCGCAAUGUGGGAAUCGACUCGAAAAGUGCCACCGUGAUGACCUACUGGAAGACGGAGGAAGGCGCCCCACUGCCCGGUUGUCCUCGGACGACUCUGCAACGGGUCACGAACAGCCUGCGCGAGCACGGGAUCGAGGUGACUUGCGGCUUUGAGAUUGAAGUCAUUCUUCUGAAGCCUACCACCAAUGAUGCGGGCGAGACCGACUAUGUGCCCGUGGUCCGGAACCACUCCUGGUCUCAAAUGACCAGCGACACCCGGAAGAUGGUCCCCCUACUGGAGGAGAUUGUCGAGGCCCUCGCAUCGACAGGCAUCCAUCUGGAGCAAUUCCACGCCGAAUCUGCCCCGGGCCAAUUUGAGUUUAUCCUGCCCCCAGGCUCGCCCAUCGCCGCGGUCGACACCCUGCUGAAAGCCCGUCAAGUUGUCACCUGUGUGGCCGAGCAGCACGGCCUCCGUGCGACGCUCCACCCCCGUCCGCUGCCCCACGCCGCGGGCUCGGCGUCGCACGCGCACGUCUCCAUCGCUCCCCCCACUCACGAAGAUGCCUUCCUCGCCGGCGUUAUGCGCCACUACCCAGCAUUGGCAGCAUUCACUCUGUCACAGGACGUGAGUUACGACCGCGUUAAGUCAGGUCUCUGGGCCGGCAGCGAAUGGGUCACAUGGGGCACGCAGAACCGUGAAACUCCGAUCCGCAAGAUCUCCCCGGGCCACUGGGAGAUCAAGACGCUCGAUGGACUGGCCAACACGUACUUCGCCAUCGCUGCCUUCCUCUCCGCCGGUUAUCUCGGCGUGACGGAGAACCUCCCUCUCACCGUCAAGGACUGUAUCCACGACGCUGCCAAAUUACCCCCAGCCGAGCGCGAAGCCUUGGGUAUCACAACCGCACUCCCCAAAUCUCUCGCUCAAAGUCUAGACGCCCUGGAGGCAGACUCCGCCCUGCAGAGCGUCAUCGGCGAAACCGUCGUCAACAACUACACCAGCGUCAAGCGCAUGGAGAGUAAACGUCUACUCGCCAUGGACGAAACCACCAGAAGAACGUGGCUUAUUGAACGUUAUUAG